UAUGAACGGGGGAAAUCGAUCUUACAGAAUAAGUCGGAUGUCGUUAGGAACGCAAACCAUUUUGGCGGCUAGGGAGAAGACAUCGUAUUUUUCAUCAACAGCCGAAGAGUCUAAACCUCUUGAACUAUAUAUUUUAAAAAGUGACUCAAACUCUAGGAUAGUCUGGCUUUAUGUGGUAGCAAAUAAAAUUCCUUUUGAGCUGUAUAAUUUCGAUAGAAAGAUAUCUGAUUUACGAUGUAUGGAAAGCUUUAACCCCACACUUACACUCCCCUGUAUUGUUGAUGGAUCAAAGAUUAUAUUCGGAACGGAAGCUAUACUUAAUUAUCUUGCUGAGAAGUACGCUUCCUUUCGUUUACUUGGAGAUGGGGACCCCGAUAUUAAAGCUGAGUGCAAUGGAUUUAUCAGUUUAGCAGUGUCUGUAAUAUAUAGAAUUGUCCAAAAGGAAUAUGUUGAACCUCAGUUAGACGACAAGUGCGACAUAUAUCUUCGUAAGCAUCUUACAAACAGAGCCAAAAUAGAGGUGGAACAUAGGCUCAAUCAAUUAGAAAAGCUUCUUCGAGCUAAUAAUUUCCUAAUGGGUAAUAAAGGUUUGUAG